ACGCGUGCACAGCUUCAAAUAUUGAAUUAGAUAUUGAUAAUAUCUCUUUCCAGUUCAGCUUCUUUCUUGUUUUAAUACAAUUCAUAUAAUUGUGAAAACAGAUUGAUAAACUUAAAGAUAGAAAUUGAAUACCUUGAAAACAAUUAUGAAAAUGUUGUCUUUAGGUUUGAAAGUCUUCAUAGGAUAUCUGCUGCCGCCAUUGUUCAUAAUAUAUGAAACCAUCAUGGUGGUAGUGUUCAGGUCAGUCUCCUUCUUCCUAUAGUUUCUCCCUGGAUACCAGCACGAGGUGAACAUGACAGAACAGAACACCAUGAUGGAAUCACACACAGAGAUGGAGAUGAGACCACGGACAGGGAAUACUACAACGUUCCUUUGGUAACCAGGGUGAUGACAAGUACUCUCCUGUACCAUGUCAAGCAGCUUAGAAAGCAUGGCGGUUUUCAGAAACAGUUCAACAAAUUGCCGUCGGGUUUAUUACAUGAUUGCUAUGCUGCUAUGGAGAAGGAGAACAGACUAAAGAACAUUUACAACGACGUGUUUGCAUACGACCAGACGCGUGUAGUUCUUGAGCUGAACGAAGACCACUCUCCCUCAGAUUAUAUCAACGCUAGUUUUGUUAGUGGCGUUGACGCUCCAAACAAGUUUGUUGCAUCUCAAGGUCCUAUGAAUAGAACCGUCGGUGAUUUCUGGUUGAUGAUUUUCCAACUUCGUACCAGCAUGCAAAAUUGAGUAAGGCAUGCUAUUUGAACAAUACUG